AUGCUUAUUAGAAGGUUACCAAUAAUUCCAACUAGAGCCAUUCCUAGAACUUCUUACAGUCAAUUCCACACCACCGUCGUUAAUUUGAACAAAGGGACUACCGGUUGUGAUCACAAGGGACACGAUUUUGCUUUUGUUUUCGAUAUCGAUGGGGUUCUUAUCCGGGGUAAGAAACCGAUUCUUCAAGCUAAACCGGCGUUGGAAAUACUAAACAGUCAUAAGAUUCCCUAUAUAUUGAUGACCAAUGGAGGUGGAGUUCUGGAACGAAGAAAGGCUGAAGAAGUGAGUGAGAUAACUCAAUUGAACCCACCAAUUUCUCCAUUACAGAUCGUUCAAAGUCAUACCCCCUUGAAAGCACUAGCAUUACAUCAUGCCUUUAAUCGAGUUUUGGUUCUUGGAGGAGAUGGUGAUAAUGCCAGACAUGUUGCCAAACAAUACGGAUUCCAAGAUAUAAUUAUGCCCAUUGAUAUCGUUUAUAAUAACCCAUCAGUGUCUCCACACCAUAGAUACACACAAGAAGAAUUUGAUAAAUUUGCUCAACCUAUAGAUGUUACUAAACCAAUUGAAGCAAUUUUUGUAUUGAAUGACCCUAGAGAUUUGAAUAGUGACAUGCAAAUUGUACAGGAUUUAUUGAAUUCAGAAAAUGGUCUUAUUGGUACCAAGAGAAAUAUUCAUCAUAAUAGAAAUUUACAUGAUCCUUCCAUACCAAUAAUUUUUAGCAAUAAUGAUUAUGUUUAUGCCAACGAUUAUCCAUUACCUAGAUUUGGUCAAGGGGCAUUUAGAAUAAUUACUGAGAAAUUAUAUAAAAUCACUAAUGGGUUAAAAAGACAUCAACAUUUAAAUUCAUUAAUUUUGGGUAAACCAUUCAAGAUUCAAUAUGAUUUUGCUCAUCAUGUUUUAAUCGAUUGGCAAAAUAAAUUAAUCAACGAAGAUUUUAAUAGUGAGCAGAUAUUACCGAUUUUAGGUUCCGAACCAACAAACACGCCAUUUAAAAAGAUUUAUAUGGUAGGUGAUAAUCCUGCCUCGGACAUAAAAGGUGCUAACGAUCAUGGAUGGGAGUCUGUGUUAUUGAAAACUGGGGUUUAUCGUGACGAGGAUGCAAUUGACACUGAGGCUGCUAAACCAACAGCAGGCAUAUUUAAUAAUGUUGAGGAUGCAGUGAUAACAAUUUUAGAGUCGCAUGGAAUAAAAGUAUAA